AUGGCUAUCGUCUUGUGGUAUGUGAGAAAAGGACAUGUGAUUAAGCCUUUUGUUGGUGUUAAACAUGUCACUGAUACUACUUCUGCAUCACUUAAGGCAGCCAUUGAUCAAUUCUUUUCAGAGAAUGGAUUAAGCAUAUCUAGCCUUCGUGGUCAAGGUUAUGAUGGAGUUAGUAAUAUGAGAGGAGAAUUUAAUGGUCUCAAAGCACUUAUUUUAAAGGAUAACCAUCUGGUAAAUGUCGUUGGAGGUUCAUGCAAACGUCGUGACUCUCUUCGAGAAAAGCAAGUGGCCAAGAUCAUUGAAGAACUGAAUGUUGUUGAAUUGCUUGAAGAGAUAAAAGAGGAUGGAUCGUCCAAUGAUCAUAAACAAGAUGCAAGCUGGCUAUUAGACUUAUUAGAAUCAUUUGACUUUGUAUUUAGUCUCCAUUUGAUGAAGGUUUUGCUGGGAAUUACAAAUCUUUUGUCACAGGCAUUGCAAAGAAGAGACCAAGAUAUUGUGAAUGCAAUGAAGUUGGUUAAAGUGUGUAAGGAGCAAUUGCAAGACAUGAGAGACAAUGGAUGGGAUUCACUUCUAGGUCAAGUUGUUUCAUUUUGUGAGAAAUAUGAGACUGAUUCUUCCAGUUGCAACUGCUGCUGUAGAAAGAGCAUUUUCUGCCAUGAAGAUUAUUAUAAAAAGUGA